AUGAACCCCAACUACAGAUAUCCUGACUCUGAUCCUCGUCUUCGUGGUGCUACACCUCAAAUGUCAACCACACAACGACACUCUCGUCUCCCACCAGCUCAGUACACACUCCUCUCUUCAAUCUGUAUGGAUGGUGGUGCGGGUGCAGGAGGAGGCGGAGGCUGGCGAAGGAGACGUCGUCGCCCCGGCAGAGAAGACGAAGAAGUCGACGAAGAGGUUGAUGAGGAGAUUGACGAGGAAGGCGGGGCAGGGGGUGCUGCGAACGGUGGAGGGGGAGGCGGCGGACGUAAGAGAACACGCAAGACUAUAAGAAAGAUAGCGCGAAGAACAAAGAGAUCUAAUGAUGAAAAGGACGACGAUGCCGGUGGAGGAGCUAAUGGCGGCGGAGGCGGAGGGAGGUCAAUCGAAGUGGAGGGAGUAUAG